UACAAUGGUCCCCAACCACAUAAUUUUAGCCACAAACUCCAAAAUUUGUAAAAAAUAUCUCCCAAGUUUCACAUGGCAGGUAGAAAAAGUGGGUGUAGCAAUCAGUAAAGAUAACAGUCCAAGCAGAUGUCAACCUGCCACAACAAAGAAAACUGUCAAAACUUCUGCAGCCUCAGGCAGCCCUUGGCAUGCAUGGAAUUUCAUCACAGUUACCUGCGGCUUUUACUUAUCGCCACACCAUGCUUAUGAAAAGAGAGCUAAUCACUGAUUUGGCUUAAUCUGUAGGCAAGCUAGGCUCUGUGGAACAGGUUUGCCCCACACACACACACACACACAUCUUUCAGUGCUUUCCUGUGUUUUGAA